AUGACUUCCAUUGCAUCACAGAUCCUUGGGGCACUGGCGGCUGCCUCCAGCCCUGUCGCCGAGACGCGCCAUGCAGGUGAUCUUCAGCUCCAGCAGCUGAAGUUGAACGCCACCGCCUACUUCUCCAGCUGUGCAGAAAUCUUCGUCUCCCAGCAGGCUGAUCUACGCGGACGGCAGUUAGUGGGCUUCCAGCUCAAGAAUAGUCUCGCAGACCCCGCGUGUGCGCAGAACGCGCAACUUCAAUCGGCGGUGUGCGAGCAGGCGGUCGCCGACCCGCAGCGCAUCAUCCGAAACGUCGCCGGCAGUAUUAUCAGCGUGGCGGUGCGUGAGGGGCUGUGGCCUGCGGAACCGGUCGUCCGACAACUCGGCACCAUUCUCACUCAGCGGAGCAAUGAACUGGGCGCUGUGCACGGUGCCAUCCGCACCUUGUCGUACAUCGUCGAUGAUGCGAUGCCGCUGCUCGACGCCGCGGGGCUGACGAAGCCGGUGCUGCUCGCUGCGCUGCCGUACCUCACGUCCACCGCCUUUGGCACGACCGGAGCAGAUGCACUCGAGAUACGCGUCAAGGCCCUCGAGAUUGUCGCACUGAUCUUGGAACAUGCGGGGAUGGACUUCGAGUCGAACAGCUACAAGAGUCUGCAGGGCGGCGUCAUCAGCGUCGUGCAAGCGUGCUUCGACAACCUAAAGGCACCCCUCUCUCAAACCAUCGCCACACAGUGCAUUCGGUGCAUUGCGCUGUCCCUCACGUUUUACCAGGAGAUUAACGACGACCUGUUUGGGCAGAUCGGCCAGCUCAUGUAUCAGGCGACCACUGCAGGCAACGGGGCUGCCCCGGCCAACGCAGAGGAGGAGAGUCUCCGCAUUGAGGCGACGGAGUUCUGGCGCGCCAUCUUGCACUUCCCUCACUUUGCUGAGGUGGCCCAGUCGACUGUCGUACAAAUAAUUCCGGUGAUAAUUCGGUCGAUGAUCUACUCCGAGAUGGAGAUUGGUAUGCUGCAGGCGAGCGCCGAGGACUGGCAGGUGCCGGACAAGAUCGACUCGAUCCGUCCACGCCACUACACAGAGCUCAACAAAGCCGCUGCCGACGGCGGCAACGACGGCGAGGAGGACGAGGGCGAUGACGAUGACGAGGUGGAGGAGUGGAACCUGCGCCGCGUCUCGGCGUUGACGUUAGAUGAACUCAGUCAGUACUACGGCGACCUUCUUCUUCUGCCAGUGCUGAGCUGUGUUGAGGGAAUGAUCCGCUCUGGGCCGGCCGGCUGGCGCCAACAGGAGGCCGGCGUGCUUGCCAUCGGUGCAUUUUGCGAGGGCUGCUACGACUCCCUGGCACAGUUUCUGCCUGAUAUUUGCCCGAUGCUUCUGCAGCUGCUCGAGGCGGCUGAUACGCAUUUUCUCGUUGUUAGCAUUUCGCUCUGGUCAUGUACGCGCCUCGGCAGCUACUUCCUCUCGAACCAUUCGUUGAUGGAGCGACUGAUGGCGUGCAUUCUGCGGAAGAUGGAGAACCCGUCCAAGAUGGUGCAAGGUGCCGCCGUGGAGGCGCUGCGCAGCAUGCUGGAAAUGGCGGAGGAAGGCCAGGUGGACGCGGCUGCCCCGGCGAUUGUGCGCUCUAUCGCGACAUGCUUCGGCGCCUAUCAGCUCAAGAACCGUGUGCUUCUCUUGGAGGCAGUGCAGUCUGUAUGCCAGACCCUUGGCGCUGCCGUGCGCGGCAGCGAGGAACACAUCUCCACCCUUCUUGCGCCGCUGGGUCAACUAUGGUCGCAGACUCCGAAUGACAGCCCCCUGCUGUGGAGCCUGUUCGACUGUAUGGCAACCGUGUGCGCCACGCUUGGGCCAGCGAUGCAGGCCAUGGCUGGCGAGAUCUUCAACCGCAGCUUCUCGCUGCUGCGUGAGCAUCUGCAGCAGCGACACGCCGCCCUUCAAUCGGGCGACAUUCCGCCGGAUGAGGAGUUCACCGUGACCUCGUCCAUCUUGCUGAGUGGACUGUUUGACGCAAUGGGGUCGGGUCUGGAGCCUUUGGUGGCUCAGAAUGAGCCGGUGUUCAUGCAGCUGACGCUCUCGAUGCUCUCCGACGCGUCACCGCACAUUCGGCAGAACGGCUUCUGCCUCGCGAGCGAUUUGGCACGCACGUGCCCAAUGCACUUGCAGCAGGUUCUCCCCCAGUUCUGCGACGUGGCGGUGCAGAAUGUCACGAUGGCCGACGAGUCGUGCUACGGAGUGGUCAGCAACGUUGCCUGGGCGGUGUGCAACUUACUAGAGCAUGAAGUGGAUGGCACUGGGGCUCCGACGAUGCAGACAAGCCCGGCCAUGUCGCAGCUGUUUGCACUCUUUGCAAAAUUGCUGGGACACACCAACAUUACCUCGGAUAUGCGCAACAUGGCAGAGAAUGUGUCGCUGUGCCUCGGCGUCAUGCUCUACGUCGACGCCGACGUGGAGUCGAAGGCGGGCUGCUCCGUGGAGCUCUUUGCUGGUGCGUUUUGCCGCUUCGUGCGCAACGUCCGCGAGUCAUCGUCGCUGCUGGAGGCGAGCACGAACGGUUUUCUGAUGGCAGUGCAGCAAAAGCCGAGCGCUGUGGUGAACAAUCUUGUCCUCUUCUGCGAUCUUGGUUGCUCCGUGGCAGUGGAAGGCGUGGAGGCAAGCCGCAUGAUCCGUGAUUUGCUUUCUAACGCCUCGCGAGCGAACCCCGACGCGUGGCGCCAGGCGCUUGCCGCCUGCACUGAGCCGACCCGCAAGAAGCUAUACGAACGAUACGGCUUUCGGUAA